CGGACCAAUAUGGCGUAAUAUGCGUCGGAAGUGGAGGUGACGUAUUUCCACUCUUGAAUGGAGCUCCACUCGCAUCCACAGUCUGCAGCCAGACCCUUCUCGCUUUGAGUCUUCUGAGAUCUCCUCCUCCAACCCCAGAGGAAUUUACCAACAGUUCAGCUCCUCACACAACAGUUUAUGAAAGAAAGCUGAAAACAUGACUGAUCCAGAGCUCUGCAGAAUAAAACAGGAAGAUACUGAACAACAGAUAGACUUGAAAGAAGAGAACAAGGAGAUUGAAGAACUGAUUAAAGACGGGGAGAGCCAUCAUGUAAAAACAGAAGAAACAUCCUUAUUGAUAAGAAGAGAGAAACUAUGGCCUGAGUGUGAAAAGGGUCUCUCAUGCCAGCAAAAUGUUGAUAUUCACAUAAAAUGUCAUCUUGAAGGGACGCUGUACACAUGUGAUCAGUGUGGGAAGAGUUUCACUCAAAAAGGACACCUUGAGGCACACCUAAAAACCCACACUGGAAAGAAGCUAGAAAACUGUCAUCAAAGCAAUAAAAGAUUUUUUGGGCCACAUUUUCUGAAGGACCGCCUGAAAGUUCAUACGAAGGACAAGCCUUUCGUAUGUGAUUUAUGUGGAAAAAGUUUUAACCGGAUGGCUGCAUUAAAGAUACACCAGAAAAGACACAGCGGUGUGAAGGAUCAUGCCUGCUCUGAGUGUGGGAAGACUUUUGUUACAUAUGAUGCGAUGAAAGAGCACCAGACAGUUCACACUACAGAAACACCUUACAAAUGUUCACACUGUGACAAGAGAUUCAAACGGCCAAAAUAUCUAAGAAUACAUGAGAGGAUCCACACUGGAGAGAAGCCAUAUACAUGUGAUCAAUGCGGGAAGAGCUUCAGACUAAAAGAAAAGCUUAAUCAACACAUGAAUAUCCACAAUGGAGAGAAGCAACACACAUGUGAUCAAUGUGGGAGGAGUUUCAGACAAAAAAGACACCUUAACCAACAUAUGAAAUUCCACACUGGAGAGAAGCUACACACAUGUGAUCAGUGUGGGAAGGGUUUUUUAGAUAAAGGAAACCUUAAAGACCACAUGAAUAUCCACACUGGAGAGAAGCCGUACUCAUGUGAUCAGUGUGGCAGAAGUUUCGCAAAUAAAGGACAUCUUAUCAGACACGUGAAAAGACACACUGGGAAGAAGCCACACACAUGUGAUCAAUGUGGGAAGAGUUUCGCAGCAAGGGCAACCCUUUAUGAACACAUGAGGAUCCACACUGGAGAGAAGCCGUACACAUGUGAUCAGUGUGGGAGGAGUUUCACACUAAGAGGAACCCUUUUUGCACACAAGAUAACCCACAGUAGAGAGAAGCCGCACACAUGCGAUCAGUGUGGGAAGACUUUCAAACGAAAAGACAGCCUUCAUGAUCACAUGAAAAUCCACACUGGAGAGAAGCCAUACAAAUGUGAUCAGUGUGGGAAGGGUUUUUUAGAUAAAGGAAACCUUAAAGACCACAUGAAUGUUCACACUGGAGAGAAGCCGUACUCAUGUGAUCAGUGUGACAGAAGUUUCGCAAAUAAAGGAAAUCUUAUCAAACACUUGAAAAGACACACUGGGAAGAAGCCACACACAUGUGAUCAAUGUGGGAAGAGUUUCACAGAAAGGGCAACCCUUUAUGAACACAUGAGGAUCCACACUGGAGAGAAGCCGUACACAUGUGAUCAGUGUGGGACGAGUUUCACACUAAGAGGAACCCUUUAUGAACACAAGAAAACCCACAGUAAAGAAAAGCCGCAUACAUGUGAUCAGUGUGGGAAGAAUUUCAAACGAAAAGAAAGCCUUCAUGAUCACGUGAAUAUCCACACUGGAGAGAAGCCGUACACAUGUGAUCAGUGUGGGAGGAGUUUCAUACGAAGAGUAACUUUUUACAAACACAAGAAAACCCACACUGGAGUGAAACAGCACCAGACAGUUCAUACUACAGAAACACCUUACAAGUGCUCACACUGUGAAAAGAGAUUCAAACGGUCAGAAUAUCUGAGAAUACAUGAGAGGAUCCACACUGGAGAGAAGCCAUACACAUGUGAUCAAUGUGGGAAGUGUUUCAGACUAAAAGAAAUGCUUAAUCAACACAUGCAUAUCCACAAUGAAGAGAAGCCACACACAUGUGUUCACUGUGGGAAGAAUUUCAGACAAAAAGGAAACCUUAACAAACACAUGAAAAUCCACACUGGAGAGAAGCUACACACAUGUGAUCAAUGUGGGAAGGGUUUUUUAGAUAAAGGAAACCUUAAAGACCACAUGAAUAUCCACACUGGAGAGAAGCCGUACUCAUGUGAUCAGUGUGGCAGAAGUUUCGCAAAUAAAGGAAAUCUUAUCAAACACUUGAAAAGACACACUGGGAAGAAGCCACACACAUGUGAUCAAUGUGGGAAGAGUUUCACAGCAAGGGCAAACCUUAAUGAACACAUGAAAACCCACAGUAGAGAGAAGCCAUAUUCCUGUGAUCAAUGUGGGAAGAAUUUCAAACGAAAAGAAAGCCUUCAUGAUCACAUGAAAAUGCACACUGGAGAGAAGCCGUACAUGUGUGACCAGUGUGGGAUGAGUUUCAUACGAAGAGUAACUUUUUACAAACACAAGAAAACCCACACUGGAGUGAAACAGCACCAGACAGUUCACACUACAGAAACACCUUACAAGUGCUCACACUGUGAAAAGAGAUUCAAAUGGUCAACACAUCUACAGAUGCAUGAGAGGAUCCACACUGGAGAGAAGACGUAUCACUGCCAUUCAUGUGGGAAGACAUUCUAUCAAAUAUCUUCUUUAAUCUCUCAUAAAUUACAUGUCUGCAUGUCUGAAUUUAUAGUUAGUUAUUGAAGUUCUGUUCCUGUAUGUCCAGGUGCUAGGUAGGGCUGCAUCAAAUAAUUAUUUUGAUAAUUAAUCAGAAUGAUUAAUCAACUUUUUGUUUCAUUAUUUCAGAGAUUAAUCAGUAUCUUUAUUGAUUAUCAGCUUGUGAAGCUUGUUAAAAUGUUGAGUUAUUCCCGUUCUUACUAAUAAAUAAAACAAA